CGUGUCCAACUGUUCUGUUACAAACACAAUUCCGGAGUAAAGGAGUCCUGUGUUUUCCUGGGUUUCGUUGCUCUCUUGAGUAUGAGUUCAUAAUGAAGCGCCGUUUGGAGGAUCAGGAAACGGUUUUUGCGACGCAGCAGCGGCGUCAUGCUGCCAACGUGGAAGCUUUGCAGCAGGUGCACCGCCUCCUGGCCCCCGCUGUGUACGAGGCUGUGACAGACAACAUGCAGCCCACGGCUGGCGUCCAGUACUCAGUUCCACAGGGAUACCAGGUUCCCACUGUGGCCCAGAACAGUGGUGGGCACGGGCACACUCCAAGCCCAGCGGUCCACACAGCGCCCCACCACCACAGCCCGGCAGUGCAGUCCCACGGGCCCUCGGUGAUGCCGGGACACGGACAUACGGCGGCUCCACCGGCCUCUUCACAGGGCCACCAGCAGUUCCAGAGGCUUAAGGUGGAAGAUGCUUUAUCUUACUUGGAUCAAGUGAAACUACAGUUUGGCAACCAUCCUCAGGUCUACAAUGACUUUUUAGAUAUAAUGAAGGAGUUCAAGUCCCAAAGCAUCGACACGCCCGGCGUCAUCAGCAGAGUGUCGCAGCUCUUUAAAGGCCACCCCGACCUCAUCAUGGGCUUCAACACCUUCCUUCCUCCGGGCUACAAGAUCGAGGUUCAGACCAACGACCUGGUCAACGUGACGACGCCCGGUCAGAUCCACCACAUCACCCCGCACGGCAUUUCGGUGCAGAACAUCCCCAUAACAGGAGCAGGCACCCAGCAUCCGCCACAGCCCCCAUCAUCUGCUGUGAAAACCACCGCUCCGCCUCUGCCCACACAAACCACACCUGCCAAGAUGAGCAAGCCUCCUCAGCCUCCGGCAUUAACGACCAGCAGCCAGACAAAUCCGUCCAUCCCUGUGUACACCGCCCCUCGCUCCCCGCCUAUUCCGCUCCACCCGCCCCCUAGCGGGACCCCCACAGGCCCGCCUAUGCAGAACAACCAGCCCGUGGAGUUCAACCAUGCCAUCAAUUACGUCAACAAGAUCAAGAACCGCUUCCAGGGCCAGCCCGACAUCUACAAAGCCUUCCUGGAGAUUCUCCACACGUACCAGAAGGAGCAGCGGAAUGCGAAGGAGGCCGGGGGGAACUACACGCCGGCUCUGACAGAACAGGAAGUGUACGCUCAGGUGGCCAGGCUCUUCAAGAACCAAGAGGACCUGCUCUCAGAGUUUGGCCAGUUUCUGCCUGACGCCAACAGUUCAGCAAUGUUAAGUAAGACCACAGCUGAAAAGGCAGAGUCGGUGAAGAACGACCACGGUCUCACCUCCAAAAAGCUGCAGCUCAACAACAAGCAGAGGCUCAAUCAGAACGGCUGUCCGAUCCGGCGCCACUCCACUCCAGGGAGCACGCCCCCCGUCAAGAAGAAGCCCAAGUUACUGAACUUAAAGGACCCGUCGGUGGCAGACCCCGGCAAGCACGGAGUCGGAACCGAGUCUCUGUUCUUUGAGAAGGUGCGUAAAGCCUUGCGAAGUGUGGAGGCCUACGACAACUUCCUGCGCUGUCUGGUCAUCUUUAACCAGGAGGUGAUCUCCAGGGCUGAGCUGGUGCAGCUGGUGCUGCCCUUUCUGGGAAAAUUCCCCGAGCUGUUCAACUGGUUCAAAAACUUCCUGGGGUACCGUGAGAUGUCCCACAUGGAAACGUACCCGAAGGAGCGGGCCACAGAGGGCAUCGCCAUGGAGAUUGAUUAUGCUUCCUGUAAGAGGCUCGGCUCCAGCUACAGAGCUCUGCCCAAGAGCUACCAGCAGCCCAAAUGUACCGGCAGAACUCCUCUCUGCAAAGAGGUCCUGAAUGACACCUGGGUGUCCUUCCCCUCCUGGUCUGAAGACUCCACGUUUGUCAGCUCCAAGAAGACUCAGUACGAGGAGCACAUCUACCGCUGUGAAGAUGAACGCUUCGAGCUGGAUGUUGUCCUCGAGACCAACCUGGCCACCAUCAGGGUGCUGGAGACCGUGCAGCGGAAAUUGUCCCGCAUGUCCGCGGAAGAACAGGCCAAGUUUCGCCUGGACAACACGAUGGGCGGCUCCUCGGAGGUCGUCCACCGGAAAGCCAUCCAGAGGAUAUACGGAGACAAGGCGCUGGACAUCCUGGACGGCCUGAAGAAAAACCCCGCUGUCUCUGUCCCCAUCGUGUUAAAACGGUUAAAAACAAAAGAGGAAGAGUGGCGGGAAGCCCAGCGAGGCUUCAACAAGAUCUGGAGGGAGCAGAACGAGAAGUAUUACCUCAAAUCUCUGGACCAUCAAGGCAUCAAUUUCAAACAGAACGACACCAAAGUGCUUCGAUCCAAGUCUUUGCUUAAUGAAAUCGAAAGCAUCUACGAUGAGCGUCAGGAGCAGGCGUCUGAGGAGAACGCCGCCUCGCCCUCAGGCCCCCACCUGACGCUGUCCUACGAGGACAGCCAGAUCCUGGAGGACGCGGCGGCGCUCAUCAUCCACCACGUGAAGCGGCAGACCAGCAUCCACAAGGAGGACAAGUACAAGAUCAAACAGAUCAUCUACCACUUCAUCCCCGACAUGCUGUUCUCGCAGCGCGGCGAGCUGUCGGACGUGGAGGAAGAGGAGGAGGAGGAGGAGAUGGAGCUGGAGGAGGGGGCUCCUAAAAAGCACAACGGCGUCUCGGGCGGCGGGAGCCCCUCCAAGUCCAAGCUGCUGUUCGGCAGCAUGGCGGCGCAGAAGCUGCGCGGCUGCGACGACGCCUACAACCUGUUCCUGGUCAACAACAACUGGUACAUCUUCCUGCGGCUGCACCAGACGCUGUGCUCGCGGCUGCUGCGGCUCUACGAGCAGGCGGAGCGGCAGAUCGAGGAGGACGUCCGGGAGCGGGACUGGGAGAGGGAGGUCCUGGGCCUCAAGAAGGAGAAGAACGACAACCCGGCCACGCAGCUCCGACUCAAGGAGCCCAUGGACAUCGAAGUGGAGGAUUACUACUCGGCAUUCUUGGAGAUGGUGAGGAAUUUGUUGGACGGAAACAUGGAACCGUCUCACUACGAGGACUCUCUGAGGGAGAUGUUCACCAUCCACGCCUACAUCGCCUUCACCAUGGACAAGCUCAUCCAAAGCAUCGUGCGGCAGCUCCAGCACAUCGUGAGCGAUGAGAUCUGCGUCCGGGUGACGGACCUCUACCUGUCGGAGAGCGCCAACGGAGCCACCGGGGGGUCCUUGUCCACACAGGCUACAAGGAGCGCGGCAGAGGGAACCUACCAGCGGAAAGCUGAGCAGCUCAUGUCGGAUGAGAACUGCUUCAAGGUGAUGUUUCUGAGGAACAGAGGGCAAGUGCAGCUGACGGUGGAGCUGCUCGACACGGAGGAGGAGAACUCAGACGAGCCCAUGGAGGCGGAGCGUUGGUCCGAUUACAUCAGUCGCUACUUAAACCCAGAUUCCACCACUCCUGAGUUAAGGGAGCACCUCGCUCAGAAGCCUGUGUUCCUCCCACGAAACCUGAGGCGGAUCAGGAAGUACCAGAAGGGCAGAGAGCAGAUGGACAAGGAAGCCUGCGAGGGGGGCAAGAAAUCCCUGGAAAAGGAGAAGAUGGAGUGCAUGUUCAAACUCAACUCGUACAAAAUGGUCUACGUGUUCAAGUCCGAGGACUACAUGUAUCGACGCACCGCUCUGAUUAGAGCUCAACAGUCACACGAGAGGGUGAGCACGCGGCUGCACAAACGCUUCCAGGCCUGGGUGGACGCGUGGCUCGAAGAGAACGUCCCCCGCGACAUGAUCGCCGACACCAACGAGUGGCUCAUGGGCGAGGGGUGGGACGGCCUGCUGCCCUGCACCACCACCCGCCACCCGGAGCUCCUCCACUUCAUGAACGUUAACAAGUACCGCGUCAAAUACGGCACGCCGAGCAAGGCGCCGUAGCCACCGCGGAGAGAGGGUCGGCGUUUGGUCCGAAGCCAAACGGGUCGAGUAGUGGCAGGGGCGGGGGCUUAUAGAUGUUUUUAGAGCCAACGUGAGAGCACAAUGACGCUAGUUACCUUGUGCGUGUUGCAUCCAGGGCGGCAGGAUCACUUUUUUUAUUUUUUAUUUUUAAUCCAGCGUUUUUAGCUGGGCCCAUUUUUCCUCAUCAGGCCUUUUCGUGCCAAAACUUUGGAAUGGUCCCGGUCCAGUCACAGACCCGAGCUCUUAAACCAGCACUCAGAGCCACGUCACAAACUUCCCCGAGCCAGUUCGACGGGGCUGGGAAAAGAAAGUGGUGCUUUUUGUAUUUUACCAUAACUGAGCUUCAUUUUAGCUUUUUGUUGUUGUCGUUUUGUCUAAAGCCAUCAGAGCUCCGUUAAAGCCGACCGUACCUUGUUGAAUUCUGUCGUUCUUAUGAAAAACAGCAUGAUGGACAAGUGCACUUAUUUGGGAAGAGGGAGGAACGCUGUAAAGGUUCAGGUCGGGGAGUGCUUCUGAGAGGUCUGGUUACGACAUUCCUGCGUCGACGGCCGAAUCACAAUCGUCACGAGGCGGAAACACGGUUUGUUUUCCUGAAACACGAGGAGAGUUAUUAAAAACUGUGCCUGAGCCCCAAACUGUCUUGUGGGCGUUUGCCAUGGAGAAGCAGUGUUGCAUUCAAUGUCAAAAAUUAAAUAAAGAAAACAGCCUCGCAGCACAGUUUGGUCUCAGUCUGUAAAAUUGUACAGCGUGUAAAUGUCAGAUCCUGACAAGUAUUUCAGUGUAUGUGUUGUAUAUACAUAUAUAUAUAUAUAUAAAUACAUAUAUAUAUAUUAUUAUACAAUUCUAUGAACGAAUGAUCCUGCUGCCCUGGAAGUCAAACUUUUUAAGAAGCCCUCUGCCGAUACACCAGCUUACACACACACGUGCGCACUCAUGUCGUUCUGGGAGGACUGUCCACGUUGUAAAUACUCUGUAUAUAGUUUCAGACUUUUUAUGACAGACCUGUGUUGUGCUAGUAAUACUUUCCAAGCUUACUGUGGACUUUAGUGAUUAAUGGCUAAAGUUAGGUUCUGUAUGAGAAAGACAGAAUACGAGAGUGUUUAUUACCAUUUUUACCAAAGGGAGUUCAUGAUGAAAUGGUCUUUCUGCUGCCCCCUUUGUGUCUUUCCUUUAUGCCUUUUUAAUUUCUGUACUUAAUGUUCUUGGAGGAGGCGAUGGAGGAGAGUAGAAAUGUAUCCAGGUCUUUCAGUUUUUAUAUAAGGAUCAAAAUAACCUUUUUUUUUUUUUUGGUUUCUUUUUCUCUGA